AUUAUUACACCAGCAUGCUUUGGGAUGGUCAGACAUAAAUGUAUUCUUCAGUAGUAGUAUGUAGCAGUAGUAAUAGUAUUGUGGAAUUUUUAAGUUUAAAUCAAUUGGAUAUUGAGAAAAAUAUCACAAUGAACACAGAACCAAAUUUUUGUGAUUGUCUUUGUUCUGUGUUGAUGUCGAGACGUAACAAAAGGAAAAGAAAGAGAAUGGCUGAGAAACUGACAGACAUAGAGCUGACGGGGAUUAUUCUGGAGGAGACCAAGCCACGGACCUUGGGGGGAGACCCCUCUUCUGUACUUCUACAGGAAGAUGACAUUGAGACUGGGCGUGGCACUCUCCGCGUGGCAGUUCAAGGAGACAGGUCUAAGGCGGCCAUCAUCACAUACCAUGACAUAGGACUGAACCAUGUGACCAACUUCCAAGGGUUCUUUAGCUAUGGCGACAUGCAGCCCAUCUUGAGACACUUCUGCGUCUACCACAUCAACGCCCCCGGACAGCAUGACGGAGCUCUGCCACUGAUGCAAAGACAGGAGAUAGGGGACCCCAAGGCACCUGUCAACUUCACUAUUGUAGAGGUGGAUGCCAGCAACGGGUGUGCGACUACCACGUUAGCAGCAACGGCAUCCCUAGACAACAUCUCAAACCAGGAGACAGGGGAUACCGUGGGGUUAACCCCCCAGCUGAAUAUGAAUACGGAGCCACACGACGACCCAGCAAUGCCUCUCGUCAAAGGAGCCGAUAAAAGAUACCACUUUCCUAGCAUGGACGAGCUGUCGGAAAUGAUACUUCCUGUGCUGCAGUUUUAUGGUAUCAAACAUUUCAUAGGGUUUGGUAUGGGAGCUGGUGCCAACAUCCUGACUAGAUUUGCUCUAAACCACCCUGAGAAGGUGGAUGCCCUGGCACUGGUCAACUGUACUGCCUCUGUGUCUGGAUGGACAGAGUGGGGAUGGCAGAAGUUAAACACAUGGUACUUAAAGAGUGGCAGUAUGACUGGCUUCACUGAGGACUAUCUCUUGUGGCACUGGUUUGGACAGAAGACUGUGGACCAAAACUACGACCUGGUUCGCAUGUACAGAGACACCAUGAAACACAUCAACCCUCACAACCUGGCACUGUUCAUAGAGUCCUACACAAAGCGUACAGCUCUAGCAGUUCACAGAGACCUUCCAAAGCUUGGCGUUAAGAGCACACCAGGAAAGAACACAGGGGCCAGGGCACUGGACUGUGAUGUCCUGUUGAUGGCUGGAGACAACUCUCCUCACUUGGACGCCAUGGUGGACAUGAACUCCAGGAUUGACCCCAGCAAAACCAGCUGGAUGAAGAUCUCAGACUGUGGUGGGAUGCCCCUGGAGGAGGCACCAGAGAAAGUGUGUGAUGCCUUCAGAUUAUUCCUACAGGGCCUGGGAUAUGUCCCAUUCAUGAGUCAGACCAAGAUCAUGGAGUCCCGCAGCGCCGCCUCCAGGGCCAGUCUUCUGGGGGCCGGUGGAGGGGGGCGUGGCUCCAUCACCGGAACAACACACCAGACACCAGUGGUGCAAGAGCAGGAGGCGGAGUGUUAGAUGGCAUGGUGACAUCUGACACUUGACACAUCAUGACACUUGACUUUGCAUUUCUUCUUAAGUUCAACAGAUAUUUGUGAAAUGUCUACAUUGGCAAUACCCACCUAACACAUUUUGUGCAGGAACCUGAGGCCGAGUGGUUCAGGGUGACAUGUGACGAGGUUUUCACUUCAAUUGAGGGACAGGAGUGUCCGAGAAGGAUGUCAUGCAACAUUUAGCAUGUUUAUCUUUAGUUGCUGAGUGUCAAUAUUCGCAAUACCAAACAAAGAAGAGAAAUUCGUCACUUGGCAUGUGACACUUAACACUUUUUCCUGAAAUUUGACAUAGAUGGGAUAUCAACAUUGACAGCACCAGACUUUGGAGAGAAAAGUGUCACAUGUCACCUGACAUGACACUUGACAUCUUGUCGGAAUUUGACACCCUUGUGGAAUGUCAAUAUCAUCAGUAUCAAACUAAGGAGAGAAAUUUGUCACCUGCUGCCUGGCGUGUUUCUAUUGUAUCAAUUUAGACAGUAGUAACAUAUCAGCUUCUGUUACAGGAACACAAGGCACCAGCGUACAUCAUGGUAUUGUUUAAAUGAAAAAAAAAAUUAACAGAAUUUCUUAUAAAGCAUUUAACAGCUAAGAAAACAAGGAGGUUGCCAGCACUUAUGAUUCACACAUAUUCUAGUUAUUUUGACCAUUGCUUGCCUUUGUUUUCAGUUAUCAUCGUUUUGUUAACAUUAUGACAGAGAGACAGAUUAUUAUCCUUUUGGUAACUGUCAUGUUUGCAGUCUUACUACAGUCAUGUACAGCAGUGAAGAUAAAUUUAAAGCCUGCCUGGUGCUACAUUGGUUUAUACAGCUGCAAAUUUGACUUUAAAGUCAUUGCUGAGAGGAUAUAACAAUAUCUGAGGAAAUUUUCUCAAAGUGGUUACCCCUGAAACAAGUUGGACCAAGUUCUUAAAGAUUCUGUAAUGAUACAGUCUGCAUAUAUGUAGAAACAUUAUUAAAAGUCCCAUGUUGAAUUAUUCAAAAUGAAUUAUACUAUGUACAAAAUUAUUAUUACAAUGUAUCAAUUUUGUCAGCUUGCUCUUAUUAUGAAUGAUAAUACAAAGGUGCUGGAGUCUUAUAUGUGCUUUACAAUAUCCAGUCAUUAGUGUGCCUCAGAUUAUACAAACAUUCAUAGCUAUAAUAUCAGGUCAUGUUAUUAAACUAUUGGCUACUGAACUUAAGCAAACUGCUGAGAAAAAUUACAAAUUUGGCUAAGAAUAAAAAAAAAAAGGUAAAGCUUUCUAAGGCUCAUCCUUGUCAUGUUUUUAGUAUUUUUGUGAUGGAGUAAUGUAAAUGCACCUUUGUUGUAAUCUAACAGACAAAAAAAAAGAUACACUGUAGUUGUAUUGUUAUGCACUUUUUAUGAUUAGAGAAGCAAACUUUUUUGUAAUCAAAAACAAUAAAGAUGUUGGUGUAUAACUAUAUCCUUGUGUAACACAUUGUAAAAUGUUCAGUAUACAACUUAUACACUGCCUAGUAGCUUUUACCUUGUUAAGAACUAGGUUUAAACUCCAGAUGUUAGUUGUUUGAAAACUGCAAGAAGUGAGCAACUCUGGAAAGAUUUGUUGAUUAAUUUUACAAACUUAAGGCAUUUGACAAUAAAGAAUCAAAUUGCUGCCAGAAGCAUUUUGUAAACAUUUAUUGCCUCCUGUACCAUACAGACAUUUUAGAUAUGCAAUGUAUUUUCUUUUAUACAAAAUUAUUUUCUACUUAUUAGUUUUCUUGCUCUUUAAGCACCAAGAAACAUUCAAAACAAGGGUAGAAAAGAUGUUGAAGAAGAUUUGCAAGCAAAAUAUUAUUGUUUGAGCAUAUAUUUUUGCAUUUGAUGUAAAGUUAGGGUAGAGUUGUUUUGUAAUAUUUUGCAAGGUUGUACAUGUAAAUAUUGAUUGGUAUUCAUCGUUACUGUUUGUUGAAUUCAUUUCAAUUUCAUAUCUGUUGCAAUGAAAGUGCAUUAUUUGUAUACAUUUUUGUAGCUUUGUAAAUAUAUGUUACCUGUUUCUUGUUAUAGGGCUUUUCACAAACAUUACAAAAAAAUCCAAGAUUUUUUAAUCAAAAGUAUCGUCAAGGUGAUUUUCCACUUGAAUGAGAGUCGAACGCUGGCAACAGUGAUAACCUCAUACUUUAUGGAAGACUAUGUGCUUUUGUUGUAGGGGGACGAGGAAGGAAAGGAAACAUUUACAUUCAAAAGGAGUAUCAUUUAAUCAUUUAACUGUAAAUGAAAUCGGCUUAUGGCAAAUAUUUAGACAGCAUUCAAGCUAUCUCUGUAUGGAUUAAAUCAAUGUACAUAUUUGUUAGAGUGUGUUAUAAGAAAAAACCCAACAAACCAGUGUUGUGGGUCCUCAGUAGGAAAAAGUAUGACUGGACUAAAUGUAAAGUGAAAUGUUCCCUGGAAAGUGGACAUUGGACCACAACCAGUUUGAUCUGCAGUGACAUACAUGUAACUGUCAGGUUAUAAAAGGUGUCUUUUUGGAAUAAAAAUCUUUGCAGAAAGGGGUGGAAAAAGAGAGGCAACGUGGUAUGUUUUUACCAAAAUUACACCCCUGAUGUACUUACUGGAAGUGAAUUUCCAGGAAUGUGUUGUCAUCACUUUACAUUUGACCACCAAUACUGUACUAAUAUUUCUCUUCAUAAUUAUACAUAUUAAUUAUUAUAUUCGAAGCAAUGCUGAAUUUGGACAAGAUAUAUUCAUCCUUUAAAUGUUAGGUUUUUGUCAUAUUCAAAGGUUCCCUGCCCCUGUUAACACAUUAACUGAAAGUUAUAUAUAAUUAGAGAUAACUGUGCCAAAGAUGCUGUAUGUUAUAUAUUAGACAAGUUGUUCAGAAUUCAUGUUUAUAUAUUAUCAAGGUGCCAGGGACAUUGUCAUGUAUAUUAUGGUACCUGUUAAUAAAGUUAGUGGACAAUUUA